AUGCAGCGCUGGCUCCAAGUCUCCCUGUUGGUGUGCGCGCUGGGCCGCCUGCUCUCACUGCGGCACACAGCAGUGUGUUUGCUGCCGGUGGAGGAGGGCCCGUGUCGCGGCGACCUUCAGCGCUUCUACUACAACACACUGAGCCAGAAGUGUGAGCGCUUCUACUACGGAGGAUGCCAGGGCAAUGCCAAUAACUUCCGCACGUACCAGGAGUGCCAUAAGACCUGCUUCAGGAUCCCAAAGGUCCCCUGGAGCUGCCGUCUACCCCGGGACCCAGGCCCCUGUCGGGCUAUGCUCUGGAACUAUUUCUUCAACAUGAGCUCCCUGCAGUGUGAGCCCUUCUACUAUGGAGGCUGUCAUGGCAACGCCAACCGCUUCCCCCACCUGACAGCCUGCUCUGACAUGUGCAGCCCCCGCAAAGACGUUCCUGUGCUGUGUCGGGACGCUCUGGACAGAGGCACGUGCUCCGCCUCCAUCCCACGCUUCUACUACAACGCAGCAUCACGCAUGUGUGAGCAGUUCCUCUACUCGGGCUGCGGGGGCAGCAGUAACAACUUUGUGACACGACAGAGUUGCAUGGACGUGUGUGCACAAGCAUCGAGAAAGCCCCCAAUCCCAAGGAAAGUACGACGAAUGAGCCAAAGCAAGAUCCACAUCAAGAGCCACAGAAAGGGCCACAGCAUGAACCAGCGGACAUUGUGA